UAUCAGUCAAAGAAUUGCAUCCAUUUUCGUAACUAUCACGGUUGCCAUGUCCACAGAUUGUUCUGUGAUGCCACAGAAUUAUUGAAUCAUUUUUGGUCACAGAUUAUUUUACACAGAUGAUCGAAUUUCGCCAUUUUCAUAAAAAAAAUUCCGAGAUUUGUUUCGUAUUAGUGGCAUAAUACAUGGUAAAAAGAUUUUAUUAGCUGAUUUCGACGGGCAUCACUUUCAAAUAUUAGUCUGUUUAUUGACGUCAAACAUUUGAAGUGAUGAUUUCACGAACAAAUACUGCAUUUGCGUCUUGCUAUCUCGUGAACACAUGCCAAUCUGGGACUUGGCACUACACAAUCGUCAUAACACCACACAAAGCUAUACUAUAGAUAGCAAAAUGGACAAAUGGUGGAUACAAGUGACCUGUAAUUCGCUGGGUAAUUCCAAGUGAAGUUUGGUGUGCGCAUAAUAAACGAAGCGUUUCUAUUUUCGAACAUCGAUCAAAUAUGUGUUCUAAAGCUCUAAAGAUUACAGUGCUGGUAUCGCUUACUGCACCGUUGUUCGUUAUCGCCGAUGCCAACAAUUAGUGAUGUUUGCCUGACGCUGAUGGCAGCCGAACACAGCAAGUACCCAAUCUAAAGUACAUUCCCAUUCCGCAACACAUCAGUACAGAACCUGCCCCCAAACGAUUCGGAUCAGUGCAAGUCGUAUAUAAGAGCCGCACAUACCGCAGUCUCUCAGUGCAGUGAAUCCAAAGCGAACAUUAUGCAACGCAUGUAAAUAAAAGAACGUGGCAUGAUCAAAACAUCCCCGACUACCAGUGCAUCGUUACUGUGACAUACUGUGCAUUUGAAAGGACGCACCAGCUGAGCCCGCGAGUAUAGUGAGUGACUAAUUGAAGUGAUUUUGAGGCAUAAUUCGCUACGAAGGUUACGAGCAAUCACCGAAGUAAGCGAUUAUAAAUUGUGAUUAUUUCAAAUAAAGGAUGGGUUCAACAACAGAACGAAGCAGGCUGGUCGGUGUCAUCGACGAGGGCACUAGCAUAGCGAGAUUUGCGAUCUUCAGGCUACCGGACUUCAAAGAACUCUGCUCGCACGAGCUCAGUAUUACGCAGAUCGUUCCGCACGAGGGUUGGGCCGAACAGAAUCCGGUUGAGAUUCUGGAAGCCGUACGCUUGUGUGCCGUCGAAGCCUGCCACAAGCUUGAGCAGCUCGGUUACCAGAUAAGAGAUAUCGCAUCGAUCGGUAUCACGAACCAGCGCGAGACUACUGUCGUGUGGGAUAAGCACACCGGAGAACCGCUGUACAAUGCAAUCGUUUGGGACGAUAUCAGGACAAAUUCCACGGUAGAUAAGGUACUGGCGCGCCUUCCUGAGCAAAAUCACAACCACUUCCGAUCGAUAUCGGGUCUACCCAUUUCGCCGUACUUCUCUGCUCUCAAGCUCAACUGGUUGAAGGAAAAUGUGCACGCGGUACGGCGGGCCUGCCGGGAGAAGCGAUGCUACGCCGGAACAAUCGAUACUUGGUUGCUAUGGAACCUAACCGGCGGCAAAGCUGGUGGCGUUUUUGCGACCGACGUCACCAAUGCCUCGCGAACGUUACUGAUGAACAUCGAAACGUUGCACUGGGAUCCGCUGUUGAUCAAAACGUUCUCGCUUCACGUGGAUAUGCUGCCGGAGAUUCGCAGUUCGUCGGAGAUCUACGGCAAAAUUAAGGAUGGAAGUGUACUGGAUGAUAUACCGAUCAGUGCUAUUCUUGGCAAUCAGCAGGCCAGUCUGAUUGGUCAGCGUUGCAUUAGGGAAGGACAGGCGAAGAAUACAUAUCGGAAGGGAUGCUUUCUGCUGUACAAUACGGGAACGAGAUGUGUACAUUCCACUCACGGUCUGGUGACAACAAUAGCUUAUAAAAUGGGACCUAACAAGCCAGCGGUUUAUGCACUUGAGGGUUCGGUUGCCGUAGCUGGCUACGCAAUGAAGUGGCUUAGAGAUAAUAUGGGACUGCUGAAGGACAUUCCAACCGAUUCGGAGCAGAGUGCCGGAAGUGUGGCUUCAACUGGAGAUGUGUACUUCGUACCCGCCUUCACCGGUCUAUAUGCGCCGUACUGGAGAAAAGAUGCAAGAGGUAUUAUCUGCGGGCUCACGAGCUUCACCACCAAACAUCACAUCAUCCGUGCGGCACUAGAGGCUGUCUGCUUUCAGACACGUGAUAUUAUCGAAGCGAUGAAAAAAGACUGUGGCAUCAACCUUACCAAGCUACAUGCGGACGGUAUCAUGACCAACAACACACUGUUGAUGCAGCUACAGGCGGACCUGAGCGGGAUUCCAGUGCUGAAAACCGAAGUCGUUGAUCCGGCUGCCCUUGGUACGGCAAUGGCUGCUGCGCAAGCGAAAGGAAUCGAUCUCUACAAUAUGGAACCUGAAAAUCGAGACCACCAGCUGCAGAUAACGCACGAGACAUUCCUGCCGACCACAACCGAGGAGGAACGAAACGCUCGGUACACCAAGUGGAAAAUGGCCGUCCAGCGAAGUUUGGGUUGGUCCGUUACCAAGAAGAGUGAAGCCAUGACUGACGAACGCUACUCGCUGCUAGCGUCGAUCCCGGCCAGUCUCUUCCUACUGUCUUCCUUCAUGAUGCUGGUGUUCUCACAGUCGCGGCCAAGCUGAUGAAACAAUGGGGGCGUUGGAGUCACAUUUUCAACUGUUAGCCUAGAAUAGCAAUUAUUAUUGUACAUAAGUAGGCCGGCUAUCAGCAAUGGCGAGCAGGCGUUAGGCGGCAUACAUGAUUAAAAAAAGACUUGGUCGGGGUGCUUGAAUUUAUUAGUAUAGUUAUGUUUACUUCGCUUACUGAAUGUUUGUCUGUACAGUUCAAAAGACGCUGAUACUGAUUAUUUUUCUAGUCAGUAUCAAUCAUUUUUUUUAAUUGUGAAAAUAUGUUUAUUUUACAAGAAAACGGAAACAAAUUGUAAUGACGCAUAAACAGCCUUUUUACAAAGUAGAUUUAAGCAUAAAUGUAUAUUGUAUAAUUAGUAUAAUUGGUAAACAGUUUUAAAGCCUUACAUCACUCCGUCAGAGUGAUUAGCUCAUGUUAAUAGAAAACAAUUUUUGCUUUUCGACUAAGAAGUUACGUUUAUAAACUAUUCUAAUGUUCAGCAAAGCUUUAGUGAAAGUGUCAAAACUUAUUUUAGUUUGUUUUAAGAAAACGACGAAUUUUCCGAAGACAUCUUUCUAAUAUAAUGUACUUAAACAUACGUCAAUUGAAAAUUUUACUAAAUUUGUUAUUCUAGGAUUAUCUUAUUAAAUAU